UCAUUUUCAUGAACUGACAUUAGAGGGCUUGUUGAAAAAUAAUUCCGAUUUGUAUUCUAUAAACUGGAAAGUUCUUCGAUUUUUACUAUUAAUUAACAAGUGGUACAUACCAAUACUUUGUUAUAUGUCACUCUCAAAUGCUUUUGUGGUUGUUCGUGAUGUAAAAUAGCCAAUCUGCUCUUUGUAUGUAGCUAUUACGUAUUUCUUAACUGCUACAAAUUUAAUUUGCUUCAGCUUAAGUUUGAAGGUUCCAAGAAUCUAUAAGUAUAAUGGCUACCGCGCCGAGCGGUACUCACAACUUCAAAGUUGUUUUACUGGGUGAGGGAUGUGUUGGAAAAACUUCUUUGCUGUUGCGUUAUAUAGAAGACAAAUUCAACGAUAAACAUCUUACUACAUUGCAGGCCACAUUUUUAAACAAGAGAUUAAAUAUUAAUGGCAAACGUGUAAACCUAUCCAUUUGGGAUACUGCAGGUCAAGAAAAAUUCCAUGCAUUGGGCCCAAUUUACUACAGGAACUCCAAUGGGGCUAUCUUGGUAUAUGAUAUCACAGAUGAAGAUUCAUUUGGAAAGGUGAAAAACUGGGUUAAAGAACUGAAAAAGAUGUUGGGAUCUGAUAUUGUUCUCACUAUAGCCGGGAAUAAAAUUGACCUAGAACAUGAAAGAACAGUGCCACUCGAGGAAGCAGAGAGCUAUGCCAAUAUGGUUGGUGCUCAACAUUUCUACACUUCGGCCAAAUUGAACCAAGGUGUUGAGGAACUCUUCCUUGAUCUUACCAGAACUAUGAUUGAGAGGUAUGAGCAAAAUGCUCAAACUGAUGUUAACAGAACCUCACAAGUGGUGGUGGUUGAUGAUGAGGCACCACCGACCCAGUCCUCUUGUUGCUCAGGUAAUCGGAGCAACUAAGAUCAUCUACACUCAUGUAACAUUAAACAACACACACAGACAUAAUAACAACAUGUCACUAGUAGUCACUCGUAUAUCUUUGGCUGAAUACUUGUAAAAAUGUAAUAUAUUAUUUGCAUACUAUAA